GAAGGAUGCGCAAGAACCAGGAAACGGGGCAGCCGGGCUUCCGGCGCACAGCAGAUUGAGACUACGGCGGCCGCGCAGGCCCGUCUAACCCCAGCCCUGCGCUCCGAGCUGCCGUCCAUAGGCGCCCCCGCCCCGCCCAGCUUAGCUUCGAGCCAGCCGGCCAGGCCUGCGCAGUCGCGGCGGCCGGGGAAGAUGGUGGAGGACGGUGCGGAGGAGCUGGAGGACCUGGUGCACUUCUCCGUGUCCGAGUUGCCUAGUCGCGGCUACGGCGUCAUGGAGGAGAUCCGGCGUCAGGGCAAGCUGUGCGACGUGACGCUCAAGAUUGGGGACCACAAAUUCAGUGCUCACCGGAUCGUCUUAGCAGCCUCAAUCCCAUAUUUCCACGCUAUGUUUACAAAUGACAUGAUGGAGUGCAAGCAGGAUGAGAUUGUAAUGCAAGGAAUGGACCCAAGCGCCCUGGAAGCUCUGAUCAACUUUGCCUACAACGGCCACCUUGCCAUUGACCAGCAAAACGUCCAGUCGUUGCUGAUGGGGGCGAGUUUCCUGCAGCUGCAGAGCAUCAAAGACGCCUGCUGCACAUUCCUCCGAGAACGGCUUCACCCCAAAAACUGCCUGGGUGUACGCCAGUUUGCUGAGACCAUGAUGUGUGCUGUGCUAUACGACGCGGCCAACAGCUUCAUCCACCAGCACUUUGUGGAGGUGUCCAUGUCGGAAGAGUUCCUGGCCCUGCCCCUGGAAGACGUGCUUGAGCUGGUGUCUCGGGAUGAGCUGAAUGUGAAAUCAGAGGAGCAGGUCUUUGAGGCCGUGUUGGCCUGGGUCAGAUACGACCGGGAGCAGAGGGGACCCUGCCUGCCUGAGCUGCUGUCCAAUAUCCGCCUGCCCCUCUGCCGGCCCCAGUUCCUGUCAGACCGAGUGCAGCAGGAUGACCUGGUGCGUUGCUGCCACAAAUGCAGGGACCUGGUAGAUGAAGCAAAGGACUAUCACCUCAUGCCAGAGCGCCGGCCCCACCUGCCAGCUUUCAGAACUCGGCCUCGCUGCUGCACGUCCAUUGCUGGGCUCAUCUAUGCCGUGGGGGGCCUCAACUCAGCAGGUGAUUCCCUGAAUGUGGUGGAAGUGUUCGACCCCAUCGCCAAUCGCUGGGAGAAGUGCCGUCCCAUGACCACAGCCCGCAGCCGUGUCGGUGUGGCCGUGGUGAACGGACUCCUCUAUGCCAUCGGGGGGUAUGACGGCCAGCUGCGGCUGAGCACUGUGGAGGUCUACAACCCAGAGACGGACACGUGGACCCGAGUGGGGAGCAUGAAUAGCAAGAGAAGUGCCAUGGGGACGGUCGUGCUGGACGGGCAGAUCUACGUCUGUGGUGGCUAUGAUGGCAACUCUUCUCUCAACUCUGUGGAGGCCUACUCACCUGAGACGGACAAGUGGACUGUGGUGACCCCGAUGAGCUCCAAUCGCAGUGCUGCAGGGGUUACAGUCUUUGAGGGCAGGAUAUACGUGUCGGGCGGCCAUGACGGUUUGCAGAUCUUCAAUAGUGUGGAGCACUACAACCACCACACAGCCACCUGGCACCCGGCGGCCGGCAUGCUCAACAAGCGCUGCCGGCACGGAGCUGCCUCCCUGGGAAGCAAGAUGUUUGUGUGCGGGGGCUACGACGGCUCGGGCUUCCUCAGCAUCGCCGAGGUGUACAGCUCUGUGGCGGACCAGUGGUGCCUGAUAGUCCCCAUGCACACACGCCGGAGUCGGGUCUCCCUGGUGGCCAGCUGUGGGCGGCUCUACGCCGUGGGGGGCUACGAUGGACAGUCGAACCUGAGCUCGGUGGAGAUGUACGACCCAGACACGGACCGCUGGACGUUUAUGGCCCCCAUGGCAUGUCACGAGGGAGGGGUCGGUGUGGGCUGCAUCCCUCUCCUCACCAUCUAAGGCGAAGGGUGGGAUGUGGUGGGGUAGGGAUCUGGUACAAACA